GCUAGCUAGCUACCUCCCCCUUAAAAACCCCACACCAUAACCCAUUCAUUUGAUGUUCCUCCAACCGCUCUCCGCCCACCGACCCACCGCUUGCCGACGACCUCCGAAUGCCAAAGCCCGUUGUCGGCCCCGAGCGGCGCACCAACCCUUUAGUCUGGUGCUUCGCGCUCGUCUGCAGUUUAAUAACCGUCGCCGUGAUCAUUACAGGCAUUGUCAUAUUCAUUGCCUACAUGGUGGUGAAGCCGAGGGUUCCCCAGAUGAGCGUCGCGAGGGCCCAUCUGGAGAGAAUCUCGUACGACGCGGCGAGCGUGCUGACGCUGAAGGCCGCGAUCGUGAUCAGGGCGGAGAACCACAACGCGAUGGCCCACUCGAGCUUCUACGGGACGCGGUACCUGCUCAGCUUCCGCGGGGUGAAGGUGGUGUACCUGAGGGCGGGCCCCUUCGACGUCCCGAAAAACAGCUCCGUGGAGCUGUUCUACCCGGUGGAGUCCACCCCGAUCCCGCUCACGCAGGACCAGGCGGACUCGGUGGGGGCGGCGCUGCGGCAGAAGCACGUGGUGUUGGAGAUUGAAGGGGAGACGGGGACUAGAUGGAGGGUGGGGCUGGUGGGCUCGGUGAAGUUCAGGCAGCACCUUUAUUGUCACCUCAAGCUUCCCAUCAAUGGAACCACUGUGUACCCAAAGUGUAGCACAAAAUCUAGCUAGGUCCACUUUCAAAAAAAUUAAGUGUGCUUAGGGGAGACUAAUCGAGACUUGUAGAAAUCCUAGACAAUUAAGGAAGAACUAGCACUGAAGCAAUCAGAGUUAGGGGCUGUUUGGCAACUUCUGAAUGGGUAAGUGCUGAACCAGUAAGAGGUCUGAACCAUUAAGUGCUGAACCAGUAAGAGGUCUGAACCAUUAAGAGCUAGUAUAUUGCUUAACUAUUCAGAGGCAAAUGUCUGAUCAAUUCAGAUAAGAGGUCUUAACCAUUCAGACUCUGUAUAAUACUUAACCAUUCAGAGGCAAAUCNAAAAAAUUAAGUGUGCUUAGGGGAGACUAAUCGAGACUUGUAGAAAUCCUAGACAAUUAAGGAAGAACUAGCACUGAAGCAAUCAGAGUUAGGGGCUGUUUGGCAACUUCUGAAUGGGUAAGUGCUGAACCAGUAAGAGGUCUGAACCAUUAAGUGCUGAACCAGUAAGAGGUCUGAACCAUUAAGAGCUAGUAUAUUGCUUAACUAUUCAGAGGCAAAUGUCUGAUCAAUUCAGAUAAGAGGUCUUAACCAUUCAGACUCUGUAUAAUACUUAACCAUUCAGAGGCAAAUCACUUAACCAUUCAGACAUCUGAGCCAUUAAGAGGCUGAAACAAACAGUCUGAACCAUU